AUGGCGCAAACACCGAAGCAGAGGAAAGCAAAUGAGAAGUUUGCGAAGCACGAAGCCGCGAAACGAGGGAAGCCAGAAACCACCGUCAGCAAAAAGAGCCAAAAGCAGAAGUCCCCGGUAUCGAUCGGGUGGGUCGUUCUACUUGCAUUUGUUGUCUGUGGUGGAUUGGCCUUUGAACUCUUGAAGAUCCUUCCGGAAAUAUGGUCAACAAUCACUUCCUUUUUCUAA